CACACUUAUAUAUAUAUAAAAAAACCAAAUCUAUCUGUCUCUCGCUCGCUGACGAAAAAUGCAAGAAAAGAAAACGGAAAUGGCAAACAAGAACGCAAAGAAGGCAAAUCUCUUAGAUCACCACUCAAUCAAGCACAUUCUGGACGAAUCCGUCUCCGAGAUUGUUAUAAGUCGUGGACAUGUAGAAGAUGUGAGGAUGAGCAAUAUAAGGUUGUUCUUGGGGACAAUUAUUAUAGUGAUUGCGCUUCUUGCUCAGUUUUACAACAAGAAGUUCCCUCAGAAUCGGGACUUUUUGAUCGGAUGCAUCGUAUUGUAUAUAGUCUUCAAUGGAUUGUUGCAGGUGAUCAUCCACUUAAAAGAGAAGAAUGCUAUCUUAGUUACUUAUCCACCCAAGGGAUCUUACACCAGCACUGGUCUAGUCGUCUCUUCAAAAUUGCCAAGAUUUUCUGACGAGUACACACUUAGCAUAGCUAGCGCAGAUCCUAAAUCAAUUUCUGCCGGGAAACCAGUUCAGUUUACCAAAAGCAUCACCCAGUGGUUCACCAAGGAUGGAGUUUUGGUGGAGGGCCUGUUCUGGAAAGAUGUUGAAGCACUGGUUGAUGAUUAUGCAGCAGAACCAAAGAAGAGCAAGUGAUUUACCUGUUUAACAGAAUGUGACAGUUGAAUUGUUAGACAGAUAGUGCCUUGGCAAUAUUGUGGUUCGACAUAGAUGAUCAUUGAAAUUAUGGUUGUUGUCUUGGAAAUUUUUUAGCGAAACUAAUUGAUUAUGCUUGACAUUAUCUUUAGAAAA